AUGUAUACUCUGUUGAUUCUGCUCGUUUUCUUUCCAUUAGUUCACAGUCAAUGUAAUUAUACUAGUGGUUGGUUCAAUGAAAAUCAUCCGUGGGAACCAAAUUCGAAUGGCAAUGACAUCGAACGAUUCUCACUCAUUCGAGCGCGAUAUCCUUGGAUAUUUGAACUGACGCCAUGGACAGGCUUAUUUGAAAUACGACGAGCAUCUCAUCAACAAAUGACAAACGACGCGAUUUCGAUGGCAAAUUAUACCACAAUCAGAGAUGGAUUCAUUUGCCAUGCAGUCGAUGGAAAGCAAUGUGUUGAUUAUGAAAUACGUUUCUGUCUCCAGUAUAAUGAAUAUAGUAUUUCUACCUAUUCUCCCGUAGAAAAUCAAACUGUUGGCGGUAGUGAAAUACGCCCACAUGCAUUACCAUGGCACGUUUCAAUUCAAUACGACGAACGACAUAUGUGUGGCGGAGCUUUAAUUGACAACCAACAUAUUUUAACAGCAGCCAGUUGUUUUCAGCAACUUCUGGUUCAUCUUCCCUAUUCCGUUGUUCUUGGCGCACAUCGUUUAUCAAAUGUAACACAACGUGUUCCGAUUGAUCGGUUUAUCUUUCACUCGGAUUAUAAUAGCGUCACAUCGCAGAAUGACAUUGGUAUUAUUAGACUUCGUCAACGUAUUGACUCAUUUUCUGAUCGAAUCAGACCAGCGUGGUUGGCACGAUCGAGUAUACCAAUCGUAAAAGCAAAGCCGUUAAUUGUAGCUGGUUGGCGUACCGUAGGAAAUAACACAUGGUCUGUGACAGAAACGGAUGAACUUCGACAAACAGUUUUAAACAUCAAAGAUGAAUGUUCGAUUGUUUAUCCGACAUAUAAUACGUCAAAACAGCUUUGUGUUGGCACAGAACAUUCUCGUCGUGAUUUGUGUCAGGGUGACAUAGGGAGCGGACUUUUUGACAAACAAACAUAUGAUGUUGACCGAUGGAUUCUAGUCGGAAUCGUUAGUUAUGGUUGUGAAUUUGCGCAUGAAGGUUAUCCGGGUGUAUAUGUCCGAAUUAGUGCAUAUUAUGAUUGGAUUCGAAAGACUGUUGAAAAAAUGAACUCAGAAAAAUCAAUUAAUUAA